AUGCAGUUGGAUAAUAUCAACCACGGGAGCAUCCACUCUUUCCAGGGCCACCGUGGCAUGGCCAACAACAAGCCCAAUGUCAUCCUUCAGAUAGGGAAGUGUAGGGCCGAGAUGUUAGACCACGUCAGGAGAACCCACCGGCACCUCUUGACUGAGGUGUCCAAGCAGGUGGAGAGGGAGCUGAAAGGCCUCCAGAAAUCGGUGGGGAAGCUGGAGAACAACCUCGAAGACCACGUCCCUUCGGCUGCUGAGAACCAGAGGUGGAAGAAGUCCAUCAAGGCCUGCCUGUCUAGAUGCCAGGAGACUAUUGCUCACUUGGAGAGGUGGGUGAAGAGAGAGAUGAAUGUCUGGAAGGAAGUGUUUUUUCGCCUGGAGAAAUGGGCUGACAGAUUGGAGUCCGGUGGGGGGAAAUACAGCCAUGGGGAAUGUGCGAGGCAAACUGCCUCUGUGGGGGUAGGAGGCCCAGAGAUCAGGCCCAGUGAGGGGGAGAUUUACGAUUAUGCGCUGGACAUGAGUCAGAUGUAUGCCCUGACACCUCCUCCACUGGGGGACAUGCCCCAUGACUCCUAUCAGUGGAUCACUGUCCCAGAGGAUGCCCCACCUUCUCCGGUGGAGACCCAGAUAUUUGAGGAUCCCCGGGAGUUCCUGACGCACUUGGAGGACUAUCUGAAGCAGGUGGGUGGGACUGAGGAGUACUGGCUCUCUCAGAUCCAAAACCACAUGAAUGGUCCUGCCAAAAAGUGGUGGGAAUACAAGCAGGACUCUGUUAAGAACUGGCUAGAGUUCAAGAAGGAGUUCCUUCAGUAUAGUGAGGGCACCCUGACCAGAGAUGCCAUCAAGCAGGAGCUGGAUCUUCCUCAGAAGGAUGGGGAGCCCCUGGACCAGUUCCUCUGGCGCAAGAGGGACCUGUACCAGACCCUCUAUGUUGAUGCCGAUGAGGAGGAAGUUAUCCAGUAUGUCGUAGGGACCCUCCAGCCCAAGCUCAAGCGUUUUCUCAGCCACCCCUACCCCAAAACCUUAGAACAGCUGAUCCAGAGAGGCAAGGAAGUAGAGGGCAACUUGGAUCAUUCCGAGGAGCCCAGCCCUCAGAGGACCCCUGAGCACCAGCUAGGAGACUCAGUGGAGAGCUUGCCCCCUUCCACUACUGCUAGUCCUGUGGCUAGCGAUGGGACUCAACCGGAAAUUUCUGCACCUCCAGCCACAGUCAUAUGA